AUGAAUCUCUCCGCCUUUCUCCUCCUGCCUCUUGGCGCCCUUGCCACGCCUACCUAUGGCAAGGCCCCCAUCGCCAAGCGCUACGACAACGCGGUUUGGGCUCCCGGCAUAACCGGCGCCGCCUACGACAUGUGCGGCACCGCGGCUGCCGAGAAGGUGACUGAUGGCUUCCACAGCAUGUUUUGGGACCACGGUUGCCAGGACAUCUUGAACUGGUCGUACAAUAACCAAGGCGAGUGGGUUCUGGACCGCACAACUGACCCGACCGACGACGACAACUACCACGUUCUGGCCACCAACGGCAGCUGCGCCUUCCUGGUCAAGAAUACCGAGCCUACUAGUGUUGGAAACAAGGAUGUGACGGACAUCUUGACCUUCAUCAAGAACCGGGAUUCGCAUCUCAAUGAUUCUCCCCCUAUCGAGGAGAAGGGGUCCUUCCAGGGCUGUCAGUUGAACAACACAGUGGACUUCUGGCUGCGAGAUUCCGAUUUCUGA